UACACGCUGGGCCAGGAGCUGGGCACGGGCGCGAUGUCCGUCGUGCGCAUGGCCGAGCACAAGCACAGCGGGCGGCGGCUCGCGGUCAAGUGCAUCGCCAAGGAGCCGCUGAACCUGGACGACGAGGCGGCCCUGCUCCAGGAGGUGAACAUCCUGCAGAAGCUGGACCACCCGAACAUCGUGAAGCUGCACGCGUUCUUCGACGAGCCGACGAUGUUCUAUCUGGUGAUGGACCUCAUCGAGGGCGGCGAGCUCUUCGAGCGCAUCGCCCAGAAGGAGUUCUACAGCGAGAAGGAGGCGCGGGACCUGAUCCUGAUCCUGCUCCAGACGAUCAAGUACUGCCACGACCUGGGCAUCGUGCACCGCGACCUCAAGCCCGAGAACUUGCUGUGCGUGUCGUACGACGACGACUCGUCGAUCAAGCUCUGCGACUUCGGGUUCGCGGCGAAGCUCACGGGCACGCGGAGCCUCCACCAGCUCUGCGGCACGCCGGGCUACGUCGCGCCGGAGAUCCUGAACCGCCAGCCCUACGGCAAGGAGGUCGACAUGUGGUCCAUCGGCGUGCUGACGUACAUUUUGCUCGGCGGCUACCCGCCCUUCUACGACGACGACCACGAGCAGCUCUACGAGCGCAUCAAGGCCGGCGUCUACGAGUUCCACGACGACUUCUGGUGCAAGAUCUCCUACGAGGCCAAGGACUUCAUCAACGCGCUCCUCACCGUGGACCCGGACGCGCGCGGCGCGGCGAGCGACGUGCUCCAGCACCCCUGGAUCAUCCAGGACGGCGAGAACAUCAAGGGCACGUCCCUCCAGUCGAACCUGAAGGAGCUCAAGCAGUUCCAGGCGAAGAAGCGCUUC